AUGAUGACUCGUCAUUUUAAGAUACUCUGUGAUAUGUAUAUACCUGUUCUUCUGUCUAUCUUACAACAGACACAUUUUGGGUAUCAAACAGUUCCUGAAGAUGAAAAGGAAGAAAAGGUAUAUGAAGUGUUUGAAAAUGUAGCCAGUAAAUAUGAUUUAAUGAAUGAUGCAAUGAGUGCAGGUGUACAUAGACUGUGGAAAGACCAUUUCAUUCACAGAAUGGCUCCAGUAAAGGGAACCAGCCUCAUAGAUGUGGCUGGAGGAACAGGUGAUAUUGCCUUUAGAUUUUUAAAUUCUAUUAAUCAACAGAUUAAACCACUAGUUACUGUCUGUGAUAUCAACCAGGCUAUGUUAGAUGUUGGAAAAUCUCGGUCAGAAAGUCUUGGUUAUUUAUCAGAUGUAAAUUUUAUAAAAGGUAAUGCAGAGUGUCUACCCAUAGAAAAUGAUCAAUUUGAUGUUUUUACAAUAGCUUACGGUAUUAGAAACUGUACUCAUAUAGACAAGGUGAUACAAGAAGCCUAUAGAGUAUUAAAACCUGGUGGUAGAUUUAUGUGUUUAGAAUUUAGUGAUGUUAAAAAUCCCAUUAUUCGUCAAUUGUAUGAUAGCUACUCCUUCCAAGUAAUUCCAGUAAUGGGUCAGGUUUUAGCUAGUGAUUGGAAAUCUUAUCAGUAUUUAGUAGAGAGUAUUCGACAGUUUCCUAAUCAAGAGGACUUUAAACAAAUGAUAAAAGAAGCAGGCUUCAAAAUGGUGAAAUAUGAAAACUUAACUUUUGGUGUGUCUGCAAUUCAUUCAGGAUUUAAAUUAUGA